CUUUGUUAUUUAAUUUUUAGUGAAAUUUCACAUUUAAAUCGUGUCGAUUUCCAUUGCAGAAAAAUUCCAAAAUUUAUUACGUAACAUCCACAAAAAGUGCAAUUAUGUGAUAAAUUUCUAAUAAUACACUUGAAUAGACCACGAAAAGUGUUUUCGGUAAUGUCAAAAAACUAAUAAAUUGUUUUGUAAUUAUAAUGUUUCUGUUUAAAUUAAUCAAUUUCCAAACGAUAUCUGAAUAUUGUACUAUCUGUUAAUUUAAAAUCAUUCAGUAACACAAUCACAAGCAGUCUAAUGAUAAUUAAAAUCUAUUAGUUGUAUUUAACGAACCUUUUCGUCAAGUUGUAGUCCAAUACGACUUUUAACUAAUAAGAUUUUCUUUUAGUUUCAUUCCAUUUUAAUAAAUCACGUUUCUUGAGGUCAUUUAACAACAAUAGUUGAUAAUGGAUAAUUGCAAAACAAAAGCUCAUCGUCUAAAUAUUGCACCACAAAAAUAUUUACUUGGCAAACAGCUUCCGACAAAACUCAAUGUUCUUAGUCAUUUCAUUUAUUUGCAUAGAGUCGCCAAGAAAACAAUAGCGGCGAGUGCUAUUGAUUGUUCAAAACACAUAAUUCAGGUAUGGCCGAAAAGCAAAUUUCCCAUUAAGCUUAAGUGCAAUAUAAUUUCACAAAUAAAAUUAUUACAUAAGCGAUGGAUAAAUAUAAAAAAGAAUCAAAAUAGAAAUACAAUUAUUCAAAACAAUAAAGAAAUCACAUUUUUGAAAUCAUUAAAUGAUAUCUUUGACAUUUCGUAUUCUUUUCAAUUCAAUCAGUCAAAUAACGACGACGAAUAUUACAUUUAUCAACAAACUGCCGACUGUUCCGAUCAAAACAUAUCGUCGAGAACUACACGUUCGAAUCAAAAUAGCCAAAAAGCCGUAGACUUUGAAGAACUCGAACGCGGUACGCGAAAAAAAUUGGAAAGACUUUCUAGCGCCGACGACGAUAGUUUUCAAAAUACUAGUUGUUCAGAAUUGCAAUAUGCUCUCGGGCAACCGACAACAAAAAAUAAAAAACGAAGCACAAUCCUAACACCGCAACUGACGUCAGCAUUAGACAGAACAAACACGUCUAACCGAAAUGCCACUUAUAUCUUGGCGGCCACUUUGACGUCUUCGUAUAAAAAUAUCAACGAUCUGUCUAUAAGUAAAGACUCCAUUCGGAGAGCACGCAUUUGCAAUAGGAAAAUAAUCAAUGACGACAUAGUGAAAUCCUUCAAAUCGGAUACUACUCUGAUGGUCCACUGGGAUGGAAAGAUGUUGCCAUCGCAGGACAAAACAAACAGCGUCGAUCGCCUAGCAGUGUUGGUAUCUGGCGAUGGCGACACUAAACUUCUGGGGGUUCCAAAGUUAUCGAAUUCCACUGGUCAAUGUCAAGCAGAUGCCGUCGUUAAAUUAUUAAGCGAUUGGAAUUUACAGAAACGCAUUACUAUGAUGUGUUUUGACACAACGGCAUCAAACACCGGCAGACUUAACGGUGCGUGUGUGUUAAUUGAAAAACAAUUAAACACACAACUGUUGAGUUUCGCGUGCCGACACCACAUACAUGAAAUAAUCGUCAGUAGAGUAUUCAAUAAACUAAUGCCAGAAACGAAUGGACCAGACGUAUCUUUAUUCAAAAGGUUUUCGAAUAACUGGAAAAAUAUAAAUAAAGAUUUGUAUUGCAGUAUGUUGACCGAUGAUGUUGUAUUAGAAAAACUAGCACCAGACAUAGGGACGAUUUCUCAAUUCUGUGAAAAUAAAUUAAAGCUAAACCACCCACGCGAUGAUUAUAAAGAAUUGUUAGAACUUUGUUUGUUAUUUAUUGGUAAAGAGUGUUCAAAAAAAUUAUCAUUUCAUCCGCCCGGAGCAAUCCACCGAGCUAGAUGGAUGGCAAAAAUUAUGUACUGUCUUAAAAUUUACAUGUUCCGCACACAGUUUAAAUUAACCGUUUCUGAAUUAAAAAGUAUACAGCUAUUUAAUACGUUUGUUUUAAAAAUUUAUAUUAAAUAUUGGUUCGAGAGUUCGUACGCAACAAAAGCGCCAAAUAACGACUUUAAUCUAAUAAAAGACUUAAAACAAUACAAUACUAUCGACGAGUCCAUAAGCGAAGUCGCCUUGAAAGCUUUUUCCGGACAUCUGUGGUACCUCAAUGAAAUGAUUGCAGGAUUAUCAUUUUUUAACGAAGACUUAUCAACGGAUGACAAAAAUAAAAUGGUACAAUCAUUAAGUAAAAAGGGCGAGAUCAAUCCAAAAAAAAGAAUUGAAAUUGCAACUAUAAAAGAAAAUGAAGGUGCGUAUCAAUUCAUAACAGCUAACACGCGAAAACUAUUUUCAGCACUUGACAUAAACCAAGAUUUUUUAAACGACGAUCCAAAUACAUGGUAUCGAAAUUCAAACUACAAUUCGGCUAAAACUAAAGUUCAAUCUUUAUUUGUAGUCAAUGAUCCAGCAGAACGCGGCGUCGCCUUAAUGACACAUUUUAAUAACUGUCUCACAAACGAUGAAGAACAAAGACAAUAUUUGUUACAAGUGGUAGAGAAACAUCGAAACGAAUACCCCGAUUGUAGAAAAUCAGUUUUAAUGUCAUAAAAAUUAUCUAUUUUUAUACGAUCAUUUAGAAAUGUGUGUA